CCUCGUUGCGUCACGCCUGUCAAUCAUUUCAGUCCCGUAAUUUCUAGUGUCUGUUGUCUAAAGAUUAAGAAGGACCUUGUGCCCGUCGUACGCAAAGGACUACUACUCACCAAUACGGCCUGGAAUCUUUCGUACCUGGACUUCAGAGUUCACCAUCACCGCUUUGAGUGAACAUUACCGGACCAAGUGAAAAGAGGUGGGAUUACUGGAUUUGGCACUCGGUUGUCGACUGACUCCACGUGACCCCGCGUUUGCUCCUUCCUACUCGACCUUCUUAAGAUCACCGGCACUGAGCAAACUUCCUCACCCACCCACAACACACUCUUUUUCCCCCGUCGCCAGCUGGAGCCGUUCGUUCAACUUCCAGCUGCAGCACCCACUCUCGUUUAGGGUCUUGAUCCGUUAUUUAUUCUACCUGAUCACUCGUUCUCGUGCCUGUCGACGUUGUUUGUCAAUCUACGUCAACCUACGUCAUGCAGACUUUCGCUCUCCUCGCCCUGACGGGCUUCACAUCCCUGGUUCAUUCGACACCUGUGGCACCAGCCCAACCACGCUCGCUUCCUCAAGCCCAACCGCACAUCCAGACUCGACAGGCUAACAACUCGUCAAGUCCAGCAUGUGCUCAGGUCUCGCAAGCCAUGUACGGAGAUGGCACCACACCUUCCAACCAGAUCGUUCCUGCUGGAAUAGCAUGGGACUGCAUCAACAGCGUGCCACUCAACGCCACCUCCGCUAAGCUCCUCAUUGAGUCCAUCAAGCCCUACAUCGAGUGGCAGAGCACCCUCACUGUCUUGAAGAACCCACCCGCAGAGUAUGUCGAGAAGGUGCAGCCUGCAGUCGACAUCAUGGGCGGUCUUGACCAGAUCGUCAGUGAUGUCGAUGCUGGCAAGUUCACCAACGAGUACGCCUUUGGAUGGGCUCUCUACACCUUGAUCCAGAGUGCUCACGACGGUCACUUCACCUACGUUCCGGAAUCCGUUGGCGGAAUCUUCCAGUGGGGUCGCAGAGUGCCUCUCGUGUCCGUCUCUGAGGACGGCGAGCAGCUUCCUGCAGUCUUUGCGUUCGAGGAUGUGCUCGGCCUCCAGUACAAGAACAUCUCAUACACCCCUUCGGCCAUUGUCAAAAUCGAUAACACCGAGGCGACCGAGUUCCUGCAGACUUUGAGUCAGCUUGGAUCUCUCCAGGACCGCGAUGCUCUGUACAACAACGUCUUCUAUGAACUUGCACAGGUCAGCCUAGGCGAGUCUGGAAGCGGAACUGGUAUGUUCACAGGAGGUGGCCGAGGUCGCUACGUGUACCCCGGGGCAUCCACCACCUUCACCUUCGCCAACGGCACCGAGCGCACUAUUCAGAACUAUGCUCGCGUACGAUACAACUUCCGCGGCAUCAACAGCGGAGAAACUCUUGCGAAGGAGUGGUUCAACUUUGGUAGUGCAGCAUCUGCGCAGGUAGCAUCGCAGGAGCCUGAGACCGUUUCGACAGCUGCUUCUGCUGCUACAGCACCAGGAUACCCCGAUCCUGUCACCCUGGGUCCUCUCAACAUGAUCAACGGCUACUACAUUGCAGGAGAAGGAUACAACGAUGUCGCAGUUCUGUCCAUCCCUAACUUCGUGGGUAGUUCGUCCGCCGGUAGAGCCUUUCAAGCGACAUCGCAGGGGUUCCUCGCGAAGGCACUUGCUGAUGGAAAGACCAAGCUCAUUCUUGACCUUCAGGCCAACGGAGGUGGAACUAUCCUGCAAGGUUACGACUUGUUCAAGCAGCUGUUCCCUGAGUAUGACCCAUAUGGCGCCAACCGUUACCGUGCCACCGAAGCUGCCGAUCUGAUCGGCCAGUCGUACAGCAAGCGCGCGUCAUUGGCCCCUCGUGGAGCUAACAGCUCGCUGUCCUCGGCGCAAUCGUCUUACUUUGACUACCACCAGGAUAUGACUGUUGAAGGAAAGCCUUUCACUUCUUGGGAAGAAAAAUUUGGUCCACAUGAGGUCAAUGGAGAUAACUACACAACGCCUGCGCGCUGGAACCUCUCCGAUUACUACACCAGCGUUAGCUCUGGUGGUAUCAACGUCACCGGGUACGGAUCACUUGCCAACAUCACGGGGCCACCGAAGUUCAAGCCUGAGAACAUCGUCAUCGUCACAGACGGAUACUGUGCUUCGACCUGCACCAUCUUCAGCGAAUUCCUGACCAAGCAGGCCGGCGUCAAGACCAUCGCGAUGGGAGGUCGCAGCACCAAGGAUGCCAUCCAGGCCAUCGGUGGAGUCAAGGGAGUGAACAACUACCAAUUCGGAUACAUCCAGUCGGUUGCUCAGAACGCUAUCGUGUGGAACCCUGCAGUAAAGGAUUCGGUUCUUAGCGAUUUCACGAACGACUUGCCAUACUACCGAGCAGCUUCUGGCGUGUCACCUGGUGUCAACGUCCGCGACGGCCUGCGCCAAAAUGACACCACUGGUAUUGCCCUGCAGUUCAUCUACGAGGAGGCCGACUGUCGUCUGUACUACACUCCGGAGAUGACCGUCGACAUCACAGCCCUAUGGAAGGCCGCUGCUGACGUUCAGUGGGGUCAAGGUGGCAAGUGUGUGGCUGGCGGGAACUACGGUCAGAAGCGCAGCAGCUACGAGCCCAUCACCAAGCUGAAGCCUCGCCGCGUGCGCAUCUCACAAGCCGUUGCUGCGAAGAAGGUGCAGACCUUCGAGAACAGCUUCGGUCUGGAGACCAACUGUCACAUGAAGGGAGAUGGUUUCAUGCAUCCGUAAAGUGCCUCUGUUGUUGUUGCAAAGCAGGACUGGUACGUCCACAUAGGCGGCGUUUAUUCGAAGCAUGUCAGCCAUAUGCAGGCACAUGGCUCGAGAGAAGGUUAUCUCUCCGGUACAUAAUAAUGGGAGCAUGGAUCAAUGCGACGAAUAAUGAAUACUACAUCAGAGUCAGCUCUCCG